AUGGCCGAUUUGCCGGCCGAACGUACAUCACCUGCUCCUCCCUUCACUGCCAUUGGCAUGGACGUGUUCGGCCAUUGGUGGAUAAGCAACGGGCAAUCGACUCGCAGAACCUGCUCGCGACGGAAGUGCUGGGCGCUUCUCUUCACCUGCCUGGCAUCUCGUGCCGUGCACGUAGAGUGCCUUCCCGCCUUGGACGCCACAACGUUCAUCAACGCCUUCAAGCGCUUCCUGGCCCUAAGAGGCCCAUGCAACUCGGUGCGCUCAGAUCGUGGCUCAAACUUCAUCGGAGCCAGGAAUCAGGCGUCCGAGGUCAACCUGAAGCAAGUGACUCGCACUCUGACCGACCUAGGCGUAACGUGGAAUAUGAACCCGCCACACGCGUCACACUUCGGAGGCGUUUGGGAGCGCAAGAUGGGUCAAGUUCGACGCGCUCUGGAUGCCGCCAUUCUCGCCACUGGUAACCGAACACUGUCGUACGACGAGCUCAACACCUUCCUACAAGAGGCAGCCGCGAUCGUCAACGCGAGGCCUCUGUGGGACGCGCCCUACGAACCUACUGAAGCUGUGCCGAUCACACCGAACAUGUUGCUUACCCAGAAGUACGGCAACGUCGAACAACAUCCUGAACUCACUGAGAAGGACGCCCUAGCCUACGGUCCGAGACGCUGGAGACGCGUGCAGCUGAUGGCAAACUAUUUCUGGACAUUAUGGCGUAAGAAUUAUCUUCUAGAUCUGCAAACUCGGAACAAGUGGACGACAUCGGCGCGGGAGCUUGUGGUCGGCGACAUUGUUCUAAUUAAGGAGAAGAACGCCAGCAGAUCUUCGUGGCCUGUUGGGAUCGUCGGUGAGACUCAUCCGAGUCACGACGGCGUCGUCAGGUCUGCCACCGUGCGCUUGAGCCAGCGGGAACUCAGCGAGCGCGCACGACGCUGG